AUGUCUUUGAUUCACGCACUCGUGGCCAAAGGGGAUACCAUCUUGGCCGAGCACCAGGCCGGUUCGCGGGAUUUCUCGCAAGCCACACAGACCAUCCUAUCAAAGAUACCUCCUAACAACAGCAAGCUCACCUAUGUUUGGGAGCAGUACCUCUUCCACUAUAUCUCCGAGGGCGGGUUCACCUACCUGGUAAUGGCGGAUGAUGCUGCGGGGAGACGCAUGCCCUUCACUUUCCUCACCGAGAUACAGCAGAAGUUUACCUCACAGCCGGGUGCUUCGUCCUCCACAUCCGACCCUCCUGCCUAUUCCCAGCAAGGGACAUUCGGCCCAGUGAUUGCUCAGCUCAUGACACAAUACAACACGAACCCGCCGACGGACGAGCUGACUCGCGCACAGGCCGAACUAGCGCAGGUGAAGGACAUCAUGGUGCAGAACGUAGAGCAGAUCCUUUCGAGAGGCGAGCGGAUCGAACUCCUGGUCGAUAAGACCGAUAGCAUGGCGAGCCAGGCGACCGCCUUCCGGCGAGGCGCCAGGACUGUGCGACGGAGCAUGUGGUGGAAGAAUACGCGCAUUCUCGCGCUCAGUGUCGUCGUGGCGCUGGUGCUUCUCUGGGUCAUCAUGGCUCAGUUCUGCGGCGCAGGCCUCAACCACUGCAGCUCGAAGUCGUGAAGCGCAGCAUCUGCCUUCUGCUAUAUAUCCCCACAGCCGUGUAUGCUAGUCCCUCGUUUAGUUCCCCAUCCCGCUCCAUGUAUCAUAGUCCCUGGAUAUGUCAUCUGCGUAGACUUCCC